AUGGAUAGCAGAAAGAAGUGCUUGACUCUGGGAUUAAUUAUAUUUUUGUUGGUUGAAUUGUAUGCUCAAUACGAAGACCAGAAUGUGACAUGCAGGUUGAUGGGCAAAUUUAAUUUGACAGGUUAUGUAGAAACUGAAAACCAUUCUGUUGUUAUUGGAGGAUUAUUUCCUGUUCACUAUAGGACCAUGCCAUUAAGUGACUCUGAUGAGGAACAAGAAUCAGCCAUGUGUGAGGGGUUUAACUUCCGGGGUUUCCGCUGGAUGAAAACCAUGAUCCACACUAUCAAGGAGAUUAAUGAGAGGAAGGAUAUUUUGCCUGAAUACACUCUGGGCUACCAGAUAUUUGACAACUGUUUUUCUACCUCCAAAGCCAUGGAGUCAACAUUGGUGCUUCUAACAGGGCAGGAAGAAUACAAACCUAAAUUUAGAAAAAGCACUGGAAAAUUUCUAAUUGGAAUUAUUGGAGCAGGAGGAUCUACCUUGUCAGUUGAUGUUUCAAGACUUCUAGGGCUGUAUCGAAUACCUCAGCUGUGGGAUUACCUUAGCAAAAUAGAAUUUACUACUCAUGAUGGAAGCAAAAUGAAACUUGAUCCUAAUGGAGAUAUGGAAAGUGGAUAUUAUGAUAUCCUCAAUUGGCACAUGGAUGAUGCUGGAGAAAUCUCCUUUGUCAAAGUUGGAGAAUACAAAUUCACUAGUUCAAAAUAUGAACUUGUUCUUCCAAAGAUCUCAACAUUAUUUUGGAACACUGAAUUUUCAAGGCUUCCAGAUUCAUUCUGCACAAAAGUGUGUGCCCCAGGGUCCCGGAAGAGGAUUCGCCAUGGGCAACCCAUAUGUUGCUUCGAUUGCAUCCCAUGUGAGGAUGGAUAUGUGUCAGAGAAAUCAGGUCAAAUGCUAUGUGAUCCAUGCCAUGAAGAUGACUGGUCCAAUGCAGAGAAGAACAAGUGUGUGCCAAAGCUUGUGGAAUUCCUUGCUUAUGAGGAGGCCCUGGGAUUCAUCCUCGUUAGCCUUUCCAUCUUUGGGGCACUUGUGGUCUUGGCAGUCACUGUUGUGUAUGUGAUCCACAGGCAGACUCCAUUGGUGAAAGCAAAUGACCGGGAGCUGAGCUUCCUCAUUCAGAUGUCUCUGGUUAUCACAGUGCUGUCAACUAUGCUGUUCAUAGGCAAGCCACACAACUGGUCCUGCAUGGCCCGACAGGUCACUCUGGCCCUGGGCUUUUGCCUAUGUCUGUCUUCCAUUCUUGGAAAGACUAUUUCACUCUUUUUUGCCUACAGGAUUUCCAUAUCUAAAACCCAGCUAAUAUCCAUGCCCCCAAUUUUUCGCAAACUCAUUGUGUUGAUCUGUGUUGUAGGGGAGAUUUAGAUUGGAAUAUGUACGGCAUACUUGGUGUUGGAACCUCCAAGCAUGUUGAAGAACAUUGAAAUUCAAAAUGUAAAGAUUAUCUUUGAAUGCAAUGAAGGUUCUAUAGAGUUCCUGUGUUCCAUAUUUGGGUUUGAUGUUUUUCUGGCUCUACUGUGUUUUCUUACAACCUUUGUGGCUCGCCAGCUGCCAGAUAACUACUAUGAAGGGAAAUGCAUCACAUUUGGGAUGCUGGUCUUUUUCAUUGUCUGGACCUCUUUUGUCCCUGCUUACUUGAGCACCAAAGGCAAAUUCAAAGUGGCUGUGGAAAUUUUUGCCAUUUUGGCAUCCAGCUAUGGCUUGUUAGGAUGUCUAUUUCUUCCCAAGUGCUUCAUUAUCUUGCUGAGGCCAAAGAGGAAUACUGAUGAAACUGUUGGUGGAAGAGUCCCCACUGUUGACAGGAGCAUCCAGCUGACUUCAGCUUCUGUGAGCAGUGAGCUUAACAACACCACAGUAGCCACUGUUCUGGAUGAGUAG